UUCGCGAGCAUGGCCAACUGCGUUUCCCCCGCUCAUCGUUCUGUUUUCCCGUUCUGAGUAGCGGAAUUUUUUCGGGAUUUUUGGGGGAACUGAAGUGGCGCGAUUUUCAAAAAAAAGUGACCGUUUUAAUAACUGGACCAUUAAACAAACGAUAAUGUGGUCUGUGUUGAUGAAUUAUAAUAAUAAGGAAGUUGAGUAAACACUAACACAAAAAGUGAGACGUCCAUUCAUUUCAGACAGUUCUGGGAAAUAAAGGUUGCCAAAGUAACGUUACUAUCACAACAAAUUUAGUGAAUGUGAUGUGUUUUGACGUUCUGUAAGCAUGGAUUUGUAGGCCGUCGUUAACUCGUCAUAACAAAGGGAGCAAUUCGAUGUACAACCGGUGGUUGAGCAGUCGGAUGCAUCGCAUUAUAUUUGGGACAUUUACCGUUUUCACUUGAAGUCCUUUAAGCUCGAAGAUCGUUUGACCCAAAAAUGUAGUUUUGGGAUGAAGAGCCCUGUGCAUGCCAGCUUCCACGGGAAUGGCUGAAGGUUAGUCAGAAGAAAUCCAACCCCGAAGCAAUCCGUAUAAUUUCCGAGGAAAAACACUUAACAGAAUCCACCCCAUUGCAAGUGUUAAAAGUAAAUUACACCGACGAGAGUCCGCUCUUAAAUCACAACCUGUACUCCCACGGAAAGACUCCAUCCACCAAUAUUUUGCUUACAUUACGUAAUAACAUCUUCACCCAUGAAUAAAACAUCGGAGAAUCUGAAUGUUUAAGAAGGAUCGCUCUUCUAUAUUUAGCCGGAAUGUGGAGGAUGUCAGUUACUAUGGGCCUAAAUCAAUAGAUUCUCGUAUGGCGGCUAACACAACUCAAGAUUUGGGCAUCAAUGGGACGAAUGAGACCUCUCACCAUAACGGAUACAACCAAGCAGAGACCAUCGUUAUUACCACCAUUCUGGUGAUCAUCAUCAUAGGGACCAUUAUCGGAAACAUUUUGGUCUGCGUCGCGGUGUGUCUGGUGCGCAAACUUCGCCGCCCUUGCAACUACCUCCUCGUCAGCCUCGCCGUGAGCGAUCUGUGCGUGGCCGUCCUCGUCAUGCCCAUGGCCAUGUUCUACGAAAUCAAAGGUCGCUGGAUCUUCGGCGAAGUCAUCUGCAAUCUCUGGGUCAGCUUCGAUGUGCUCAGCUGCACCGCUUCCAUCCUCAACCUGUGCAUGAUCAGCGUGGACCGGUACUACGCCAUCACCAAGCCCCUGGAAUAUGGCGUCAAACGCACCCCCAAAAGGAUGAUCUUCUGGGUGAUUCUCGUGUGGGUGUUCGCGGCGUGCAUUUCCCUUCCGCCGUUAGUUAUCAUCGGUAACGAACAUACGGAAACGGAGGAAAACGGACAAGUUAACAACGAGGUGUGUUUGGUGUCGCAGGUUUUUUGGUAUCAGUUCUACGCGACGCUGUGUAGUUUUUAUAUUCCGUUGGCUGUGAUGAUGCUGGUGUAUUAUAAGAUAUUUAAAGCGGCGAGGAAGAUCGUGAUGGAGGAGAAGAGGGCGCAGAGUCAUUUAGAGUCUCACUGUUAUUUGGAGAUUAGUGUGAAAAAUGGCGGUGGACCGCCGGAGAAUAAGAUUUCGAGUCAGAGUCCAUCUCCGGCUAACCCUGCGAAGGGUAAUCAUCGGUCGAGUUCGGCCAGUACCAAUACGAUGUGCAGUCUGGACAAAAGCAGCCUCGGUCGCUGUUUCAAGUCCCGUCACAGCAACGAAUCCCAAUGCCCCAUGCUGAGCAACAAGCCCCCGAUUAAACAAGCGAACAAAGAAAAACAACAAAAAUCCAGCCUUUUGGCAUCGAUCAAAACAUCACCAAACACAAACGCCACUAAUCAAAAGAAACUCCGCUUCCACCUGGCCAAAGAACGAAAAGCCAGCACGACUCUGGGCAUCAUCAUGAGCGCGUUCACAGUAUGCUGGCUACCGUUCUUCGUUCUGGCGAUCGCCAGGCCAUUCCUAGAAAACAGCCAUGCCCUUAAAACCCUCGGCAGCAUAUUCCUGUGGUUAGGCUACGCAAACAGCCUACUCAACCCCAUCAUCUACGCCACCCUGAAUAGAGACUUCCGGAAACCGUUCCAGGCCAUUUUGUAUUUCCGCUGCGGGAGUUUGAACCACAUGAUGAGAGAAGAGUUCUAUCACAGCCAGUACGGAGAUCCUGACCAUCACGUGAGCACCAGAUGCCACGUGGACUACGAGGAAGGUGUCGAGUACAUUGAAGCCGAAGGCGAUGAGGUGAAAACACCAGAGAUCAACGCAGCGCACGAGUCGUUUCUAUGAUCGACGAUCACGAGAGGGGUUGAUGAAGAAUCACUGAGUGACGAAACACGGUGAACGAUUUGGGAUUUGAAGAGUCUUCCAAAGACGCUACGGCCUAAUCGUCAUCGUACACAGUAAAAAGUGUUUGGUUAACUUUAAAAAAUAACGACAAAGAAAAGGUAGUUUGCACAGUAAAGUUGCUAAAGCAACAUCGUGUACCCCGCAACGACUAGAGAUUUGUGGAUUUUGAAGGCGAAUUUGUAAAUACGUGAAAAACAUAAUAAUAUAAAAAUUUAACGUUGCUCCAACGACUUUGGACAAAAUUUGAAUGAAAAAUUUGAGUGAUACGCUCUCAUUGUUAAAAUAAUAUAUUACAUAUUUAACAAACAAGAGAAUGAAAUUUGUUUUUGUACAUUACAACUAGUGGUUCCGUUAAUUUAUGCAAAGCAUUUUUUACUGUGUCAUAAUGCUAGGGGGAGUUUCCUCCCCCUACACUUCCGGAAAUAAUAAACAAAGCCCCUCAUCAACCGUGACAAGAUCUCCUGCAACAUUAAAACGAUUUACACUUCGGUUCCGCAAGAUUUACAUUGUUGCGUCCAUUCCACCCUUAUUGUUAUUGAUUAGGCCUUUUUCUCCCUCUUCUCCCCAGGGCUUGAAAUCUCGACCGUUACCUGUUUUUUGCAGCCCCUCUAUAACUCACAAUUGAAACAUGACGGCGGCGCGGGUAAAAAAUUGCCCGGAUUGAUCCGGAUUCCGGACAAAAAUCCGCGACAUGUAUAAGCUCUACUUUAUUUUUGUUGGUGUGUAUAACCCCCUUUCGAAAACAUCAGGCGUGCUAUGUUCGUGCAUACGAAACGAGCUUUUGUUUUCUUUGGAUUAGAAAAAUCUGACUCGGAGGGUGAAUGUGUACUUUGGGGGUUGUUAGGAGGAAAACAACAAACGGUCGGUUAUCACUUUGAGAAAUGGGAGAGAGAAGAAAGGUGGUGAGUUGGAAGUCAGUUGAGUUGACUGAGUGUAAUGAAACAUUUUUCAAAAAAUCCACGGGUUAAUUCAUAUUGCGGUGCGGUAAAAAAGUUGAUUUAAAGAGUGGUGUGUUGUUCCUGUGCUGUGAUCAUGUAUAGAGCACAUAACAUCAAAAUAUAACGCAAAAAGUUUUAAUUUAGCACGAAUUGACCACAUAAGGUGGAGUACACAUUUAGGUAUAAUAUAAUUAGUGCAAAAAUUCAUAAAUAUCAAAGAAAAUGGGCCUGUAUUUGACAAUAAAAUCUUUUUGCUCAACAUGUUGAAACUUUUUUGCCGCAUCAAAAUAUAUUUAACGGUAAGCGAGGUAAUAAAAUGCUCUAUAGUGGCACCAGGUGUAGGCAAACGACAACAAUAAAUCAAAGAAUGGAGUUCGAAAUCUUUGUUAUUUUGGUUAAUUUUUACUUAGUUUAUGGACUAAGCGUUUUGUAAUAUUUGUUAAUCCCUGUUUUGGUUGUUAUUUUUUAAUUAAAUUCGCUUCAUCAAAAAUCACCAGUAAAUUAAAAACAACAUAUAGGAAUUUUGAGUUCGUUGGAAAAUAUUAUUACUAGAUAAAAACGUAACCUUUCAUUAUAGUAAAACAAACUGUUUUCUGAAAGGAAAAAUGUAGAUUAUAAAUAUAAAUGAAAUUUUAUUAUCAUUAUAUUGCACACAAUUAAAUCAUAAUGUUUUACAACCCGUAGUUAGUAUGUUUCUUUUGUUCAUGUAUCUAUUACUACUUAUUCUUUUUUUUAUAUAUCUUAAUAUUUUCUUUCUUGGUUUUAUAAAAGCAGAGAAUUUUUAGUACUCGAUUUCUGGUUAUAGCGAAGUGUUAUUUCAGUUUCUGUGUGAACGGUCUUGAUUUUAUUUUUUUUAAUAUUUUGAGUUAUUUUUCUUGUUUUCAUUUUUUACUUGAUAUUUACUAUUGUAUGGAGCAGAGUUCUGAAAGUACGUUCUGCUUACUUGAAAAAUGAUUAGCUUUGUGUUUUAUAUUUCAGUCAAGCAUAAGUCGACGAAAUUGAAACUCCCUUUUGUUCCUUUUCCAGUUCUCCACGUUUAUCUAUUUUUAUAAACAUUUUUUAGUUUUUUUUCGUCUCCACUAGAAGUAAUAAUUCUAAAACAUUCUUUGUCCUUUUUAUUUUUUUAUUUUUAUUGUAGCAAGUACAAAAAAUAUUAAUUCUGCUUUACAUUUCAACAACAAACUGAGUGAUGGUCAAGAGAGAAUUCACAAUAGAGUUCUGUGAGUUUAUUUUGCAGUGGUCCGCAUUUCAUCAAUCAACAAUGCAAAUUCCUAAAUCCGUAAUAAGACCGGCCCUCGUAAACCUAGAAAUUAUCGAAAUUGCACCCGCUUAAAUCGUAAAACUCCGAUGCAUUGCAUCGACUGAAAAAGUUUUAUUAAAUUCAGCAACGGAGAAAGCUCUUUCACGACUCUUUUGUGUCCGUAAAUGGUCUAUUAUGAGUCCCUUUGUGCAACUAUUUUAAACCUCUUACUUUGCUCUGACACCGAACGGCAGAAAAAUUUGUAAUCCAUUCCGCUCAACAUUCUCCUUAAUAUUUAAAAUUUUAAUCUCGGAGCCGCGAAUAUAUCAUUUUCCGUUUGUGUUCCGUCCUUUGCAACUAAAUCCAAAAUGAAAAAUCAAUUUCUAAUGCUUCACGAAAAAACUGAUAUCGCAGUCCAGAAAUUGGAUUUUUUUACUAUCCCACGCUACGAUUUGCUUUUCAGAGGAGUUUGUUCCAAAUAUUGGCUCUCAAGCCAUCCUCUUCUAUUUUAUUGAAUUCCAUAUGAGAAAACAUCAUGGAAAUGAUAAGCCCGUUACGUUUCCGCCAUAAAUUUUCUCCAUUUUGCCGGCGGCGAUAACAAAAAAGACCUCGAGGGACUUGUAUAAAUUUAAUACACUCAAAGAACAACUUUCCGUACGAUGUGAUAAUCAAAUGCUUAUCUGAAUCACGCCAAUAAUAAAUAACUCUGACACAACAGACGACAUAAUUUUUUCAACAUUAAAUUAAUAUCCUCCCGACUGCGCCAAUUAUUAUUAAAUCCAUAAAACGUUAUAUAACAGAACAUGAUUUAUUUUUGAUAAGCUUAACGUGACUAUGAUUAAUAUAAACCGGCAAUUUGAAAGUUCGGCCUUCGGGGUCAUAAAUCCACGAAAAAUUCGCAUUAUGACGACGUCAACCCAAAUUGAAAUCGAACAAUGAUGAGAAACAGACAGAUCGAUCGCUUUUCGUGAAGAUGAAUACAGGACCUGCGGACCGCACGUGGUCAUAGUGGCACCGACUACGUCAUUAAUCAUUGCUGCCAACAAUUCAUUGCGGCCACGAGGAAGGGGUCAAGAAACGACAGAUCCGAUUUUACUAAAGGUGCCAUCGGAAGGGACGCCUCUUGAUAAAAAAAAAAGAUCAAUUUCACAUUGUUACCGUGACUUAAAAUUUCACAGGAUGUAAUAUCGUAUGUCGCUUUAUUAAUUGUGUUUGAUGAUACUAUGAUGAAGGGAUUAUGGAUAUAAUCAAAAGGCAAUUACACCUGUAAACGGACGCAAGUCGUAAACCUAAACAGACGAUUUUCGCUAUAGAUUGUCCCCUAUUCCAACCGUUCGAGUUUCCAUUAUAAGUGUUUUUGCUGUAUAAUCAAAAUUGAAAUUCGCCACGAUAAUUGUGUUAUCAGUCGUUUCGUCCCACGCCUGGUACUAGACCACUUUGCGUCGAACAACCCGCACUUUCCGUUUCCAAAACAAAUUAUUUUUAUUGUUUCGUUUCCUUUUCGGUGUGUUUCUUUUAUUGUUUUGUCGACGUGUGUCACGUUCAAAACGGACACGAGAACAAAUAAAUCCACUUUGUGGACUAUUUUACCUGCACAAUGAGAAAUUUACACCUGCCCACAUUCGCCAACGCAAUUGAGCGAUUCUUAAAGAUCAAAGAUGGAACCCAACUCUGCGGAAUCCUUUACCGAAUAACCGCAAACACGCAUACGUUUCUGUGAACUGUAGUGAGGGUAUAUUUAGACACAUUGUGUGUCUCAGACCAAGGGGAUACAUUCUGCGCUGAGGCUAGUCAUGUACAUAAUUAAAAUGUAUUUAAAAGUAGGUAUUAAAAUUUGUGGUUAAAUAACUGUAAGAGACAAUCGACUAUGAUAAGGUUAAAAUAUACUAUGAAGCUUUAUCUGUUCCUCUUCUAGUCAAUUUUUAUGCUUUUUUAUACUAUACUUAAUUGCGUUUUAAACGUAAGGACUUCAAGGCUGUCGAUAUAGGUUAAGGUAGAUUCUAUUUUAAGGUUUUUAUGCAACGAGUGUACUUUCGAUUUUGUCGCGAUAGUCAAUGUGGGAUUGCAGUCCAUCUGCAAUCCCACAUCUAAACGACGAAAAAAGUAAUAAAUGUAUAGCAAUAAUAUAAAGUAUUAAAGAAAAUAGAGCACACUUUAUUUGGUACACUCGUCGGGCGUCUCAAAUUCGAUCCUAAAUUAUUUUUGUAUAUAUUCCUUCGAAUUUGGCACGCCGACCCCGUUAUUUAUUGCGACCCAAUUUACCAUAUGUAAGGCGUGAAGGAAAUGAAUGUUAAACAGGGUAGGAGUUUCUUUUCUAUUUUACAUGUGACGAUUCAGAUCCUUACCACUGGAAUAUCUCUAGGACUGUAAAAAAUCAAACAUUUAUAAAAUAAAG